ACGAGGGCGGCUCCAGCACACUUUCCCUUCACAGAGAAAAUACCAUUAACCCUAAUAAUGCCUGAACCAGCCAAGUCCGCCCCGGCGCCCAAGAAGGGCUCCAAGAAAGCCGUCACCAAGAGCCAGAAGAAGGACGGCAAGAAGCGGAGGAAGAGCAGGAAGGAGAGUUAUGCCAUCUACGUGUACAAGGUGCUCAAGCAGGUCCACCCCGACACCGGCAUCUCCUCCAAGGCCAUGGGCAUCAUGAACUCCUUUGUCAAUGACAUCUUCGAGCGCAUCGCCGGAGAAUCUUCCCGCCUGGCUCAUUACAACAAGCGCCGCACCAUCACCUCCCGGGAGAUCCAGACCGCCGUCCGCCUCCUCCUGCCCGGAGAGCUGGCCAAGCACGCCGUCUCCGAGGGCACCAAGGCCGUCACCAAGUACACCAGCGCCAAGUAAUCCCCCCAUCAUCAUCCCAACACAAGACACAAAGGCUCUUCUAAGAGCCACCCA